AUGGCGAAGGAACCAGUUCGUGUUCUUGUCACAGGAGCUGCAGGACAAAUUGGGUACGCUCUUGUCCCAAUGAUUGCAAGGGGAAUCAUGCUUGGUGCUGACCAGCCUGUGAUCCUCCACAUGUUGGAUAUUCCUCCUGCUGCUGAAGCACUUAACGGUGUGAAGAUGGAGUUGAUUGAUGCUGCUUUCCCUCUUCUCAAAGGCGUUGUUGCUACAACUGAUGCCAUUGAGGGAUGUACUGGAGUCAACGUUGCUGUUAUGGUUGGUGGUUUCCCAAGGAAAGAAGGAAUGGAGAGGAAGGAUGUCAUGUCCAAGAAUGUCUCAAUCUACAAGUCUCAGGCUGCUGCAUUGGAGAAGCAUGCCGCUCCAAACUGCAAGGUUCUUGUUGUCGCAAACCCUGCAAACACCAACGCAUUGAUCCUGAAAGAGUUUGCACCAUCCAUCCCUGAAAAGAACAUCAGUUGUUUGACAAGGCUUGACCACAACAGGGCCUUGGGUCAGAUCUCUGAGAGGUUGAGCGUUCCUGUGUCUGAUGUCAAGAACGUCAUCAUCUGGGGAAACCACUCAUCCUCACAGUACCCAGAUGUUAACCAUGCUAAAGUACAGACUUCAGCUGGAGAAAAGCCUGUCCGUGAGCUCGUUAAGAACGAUGAGUAUUUGGAUGGAGAAUUCAUCAGUACAGUUCAACAACGUGGAGCUGCAAUCAUCAAGGCGAGGAAGUUGUCUAGUGCACUUUCUGCUGCUAGCUCUGCUUGUGACCACAUCCGUGACUGGGUCCUUGGAACUCCAGAGGGUACAUUUGUUUCCAUGGGAGUAUACUCUGAUGGCUCUUACAACGUUCCAUCAGGACUAAUCUACUCCUUCCCUGUGACUUGUCGCAAUGGAGAGUGGAGUAUUGUCCAAGGGCUUCCGAUCGAUGAAGUAUCAAGGAAGAAGAUGGAUUUGACAGCGGAGGAGCUGAAGGAAGAGAAGGACCUUGCGUACUCAUGCCUCUCUUAG